AUGUCGACGUUGAAACGCAAAGCCGGUGUUACCACCGCCCCCGACGCGAAGAAGCCCAAGCAAAACGGAAACAUCAUGUCCUUCUUCGGCGGCGGCGGCGGUUCGGCCAAACCCUCCACGACCGGCUCGGAACCGGCCUUCAGGUUCGACAAGAAGAAGUGGGUCGCCGGCUUGACCGCCGAGCAAAAGGAGCUUCUCCAGCUCGAGAUUGAUACCAUGCACGACAGCUGGUUGGCCGUGCUCAAGGACGAGAUCACUACCAAGGAGUCACGACAUACCCCCUUCAACACCGUCAAGGUCGUCAUCGUCGGCCAGGACCCUUAUCACAACGUCAACCAGGCCCACGGCCUCGCCUUCUCCGUCCGCCCUCCCACCCCCGCCCCUCCUUCCCUGCGGAACAUCCACUCCAACCGCGGGUGGGAGCGCUUCACCCAGCGCGUCAUCGACCUCGUGGCCCAAAAGAGGACCCGCGGCGUCGUGUUCAUGGCGUGGGGUACCCCGGCCGGCAAGAGGGUCAUGAAGGUGGACAACACGAAGCACCUCGUGCUCACGGCCGUCCACCCUAGCCCCUGA